AUGUUGAGAAUCUUUGACCAGACUGAAGAAGUCUCGCAAAAGGCCGAAGCCCGACGGAGUGCCUCGCGCAAAACCACGCCGACUUCACCAGGGGAGAUAUCAUUUACCCCAGCAAAAUUAACCCCUCCGCCCCUUUCAAUCGAUGAUCAUGUUAUGUCCCACCUUUUCACCUUUUGGGUUGGAUUUACCCAAAACCAGGGCAUAUUUUGGUACCUGCUAGAGUUGCUUAGCAAAGAGUCCUCUGCUGCACUUCAGACUGCUUCCAAGGCGCUCGGACUGGCCAGCAUGUCAGGAAUGCAGAGGUCAUUUACCUUAAAACGGUCGGCAGCAGAAUCAUAUGGUAUGGCACUCUGUGCUACUAACGAUGCGUUACGAGAUCCUUCGUUGGCGACAACGGACUCCACCCUGGUAGCCGUCAUGAUGCUGAGUACUUAUGAGGCUAUAAGCGGUGUGAUAUUCCGCUACUCGAAACACAAUUCGCAGAAGAUCUGGGAGCUAUCAGAGCUUGCCGAAACAAAAGACGAUAAAGACGCCGGACCUCGCGAAAGGUUCUUUCGAAUAAUCGUUCGGUUGAAUGAUUUAUCGAUUAAAGUUGACAAGGCGGAAAAGUCUGUUAAAAAUCUCGGAUUCUUACUGAGCGAAGCUAUCGGGUUCGAGGCUGAUCUUGAAACAUGGGCCAUUUCCUUGGAUGAGACUUGGAGUUAUACAGUUGUGGAGAGAACAUCUCUUUCUACCAACGAGCCCUUUUGCUCUGCAACUGGCAGAAAGACAUAUCAUACGUACGGCAGCCUCGCCAUAGCAGGGAUGUGGAACUUCUACCGCCAAAUGCGGAUCAUCGUCAAUGAGAUGAUCAGAUCAAUUGCCCAUUAUAUUCUCAGUUUCCAUUGGACAUAUGAAUGUGAACAGAUAAUGUGGCAUUCUAUUGCCGCCAUAGACGAGUUAGCGGAUGACAUUUGUGCCAGCAUUGACUAUUACUUUAUCUGUGGGGCGCCAGGGGUUGGAGGUGUGCUCCGAUUGCAAUUGCCGUUAUUUGUUGCGGCUAUUUGCACGGAUAAAUCUUCGGAGAGAUAUACUUGGAUCUUGCAAAUGUUGGAUAUGCUUGCAACUCUCACUGGGUUUGAACAAACAAGUAGCUUAGCGCAGCGUCUCAGGAACAGCCGCAAUCGGGGUAUUCUUCCAAGUAUAAUGAAUUGA